AUGGGCCAGCGAGCAUCGUUGAUAGUUGAAACAGAGAUCGAGGCCCCGGUCGAUGUUGUCAAGUCACUGUUCAAAGACUUCACAAGUUUCAAGGAAUGGAGUACCUGGACCAUUGAUCCAGCAGUCUCGUCUAAGAAGAUUGAUGAUUUGCUCCCUCAGGACAAACUCAGUGUAAACAUCGAAGGCCUCAGUUUCACAGCAACCCUACUAAGAAACGAGCCUGAUGUAUUUGAGUGGGCUGGUGGUCUACAGCCACUGCUCCUCGGCGAGCACAUGUUUAGCUGGAGACCAAGCACCAAGACUCCAGGAGGAACGACGUUCAUACAAAAUGAAAAGUGGCGUGGUCUACUCACGUUUCUUUGGAAACCGAAUUGGUUCAUGGGAAAGAAAACUCGGAAGAGCUUUGAAGGUUUCAACGCAGAGCUAAAGAAAGAGGCGGAGAGAAGAGCAGCCAUCUAG